UCUACUUUUGUCAAAGUUCGACUACAUAAAGAGCCCUUUAGCUUCAACUUAGUGAUCUUAAGAUUCACACUAAAGUGAGCUCUAGCACUGCCCUUGGCCCUGGUCAUAAGGCACCUGCUGUAAAAUGACCCUGCAACAAUUAACUCCAGUCAACUGUGCAAGCCUCCUGCAGCCUGGCUGCUCUCUGCUACAGCUGGACGGGGAAGUUCUCCUGUUUGGCCAGAAAGGCUGGCCAAAGCGAUCAUGUCCAACAGGAGUAUUUGGGGUUCGCUUUAAACGGGGUGAGAUGAAGCUGAGGGCCAUCUCCUUCUCCAAAGACUCCUGCUACCUUCCUCCAUUACGCUGUCCUGCUGUUUGUCGUCUCGACCCCUAUGACGGACUUCCAGAGAGUUAUCUCAUCCACGGCGGCCGUAACCCAAACAAUGAGAUCUCGUCCAGCUUGUAUCUGCUGACCAUGGAUAGUCGGGGCUGCAAUCGUAAACUGACCCUGUGCUGCAAAGAGAAAGAACUGGUGGGGGAAGUGCCAGGGGCCCGAUACGGCCACACAAUGAGCAUGGUUCAAAGCCGUGGGAAGACGGCUUGUGUGUUAUUUGGGGGUAGAUCCUACAUGCCUGCAGGAGAGCGGACCACAGAGAGCUGGAACAGAGUUGUCGACUGUCCUCCUCAGGUGUUUCUGUUUGACCUGGAGUUUGGCUGCUCUUCUGCUCACACUUUACCUGAGCUCUGUGAUGGACAGUCCUUCCAUGUGGCCCUUGCUAGAGAAAACUGUGUGUACUUCAUUGGAGGUCACUCGCUCACCUCUGACUCCCGACCCCCUCGCCUCUUUUGCCUGCGUGUCGAGCUUCUGCAGGGCAGCCCCGUGCUCUCCUGUGAGGCUCUGGACACUGGCAUAUCCAUCUCAAGUGCCACAAUCACCCGUACAGGUCCCACUCACAGAUACAUUAUCUUAGGUGGAUAUCAGUCUGACUCCCAGAAGAGGAUGGAGUGCAACACUGUGAUUCUGGAUGAGAAAGGAAUCCACUUUGAGACUUUAGAACCACCUAAGUGGAGCCAAGAUAUCACCCAUAGUCGCACCUGGUUUGGGGGCAGUGCUGGGGAUGGAAACAUCCUACUCGCUGUUCCGACUGAAGGAAGGCCUUCCCAACCAGAUAUGCAUUACUUCUAUCUGGUGAACUUCCAGUCAGAGGCAGAAGGAAAAGAGGAGGAAGGAACCCUGGGCUGCAGCCAGGAGUCGACAGAUUAUGAUGACUCUACACCUCUUGAGGACUCUGAGGAGCUCUACUUUGGUCGCGAUCCACAUGAGCUGGAGGACAGCAGUGACGGAGAGGGGGAUACUUAUAACGAAGAGGAUGAGGAGGACGAAUCACAGACAGGCUACUGGAUCAAAUGUUGCCUGAGCUGUCACGUGGACCCCAACACAUGGGAGCCAUACUACUCGACAGAGCUCCACCGGCCAGCCAUGAUCUUCUGCUCCAGAGGGGAGGGGGGACAUUGGGUCCAUGCCCAAUGCAUGGAGCUUUCUGAGACCCUGUUGCUCAGACUCUCUCAGGGCAGUAAAAAGUACUUCUGCCUGGAUCACGGAGGCCUACCCUACCAGGAGAUGACCCCACCUCGACAUGUCAUUCCCCUUAAACGCACCCCCAUGAAAAUUAAAGACCGGAGAAUGCCUCCAACAAUCAAGAUGUCCCCUACCAAAAAGACAUUUUUCAGAAGACUUUUUGACUGACGCGAUUCUCAAUGCAUGUAGAUACUCACUGUUAAAAAUGCAAUGUAGUUUUCUUCUUUAUAUUAAGUGAAUGGAAAACAUCUAAUCAUCAAUAUAAAAACAUCUGAUCUGCAUGUGAAAAAUAUGUGAAGACAUCAACAAACUGCAAACUGAUAUUUAUUGUCCAUUGCAUAUUAUAUUAUGUAAGCAGGUCUGACUACAACAUUUGUGGCUUGUAUUUUUAUCAGUUGAGUAACAUUUCAUUGUCAUUUUGUACUGCAUGAAGGACCAGAGGUUUUACUCCUUACAAAUGUUAAUUGCAAUGUUUUCUUUUUACAAUUCCUUCUACAAUUAAAUUGAUAAUUAAUGAAUGGAAAUGUACUGAAUGAAA